CCCGGAAACCGAGACACGAGGCGAGUCAACCCGUUCCCACCGGCUCCGUCUCUUUGUCCAUCCACCUCCCGCUGAAGCGACAUCCGCAGCAACACCAUGGCGACUGUUACAGACACGAAACUAUACGACAUCCUCGGCGUGUCUCCGUCCUCGACUGAAAACGAGCUGAAGAAGGCAUACCGGAAGCUGGCAAAGGAAUACCACCCUGACAAGAACCCUAACGCUGGUGACAAGUUCAAAGAAAUCAGUUUUGCCUAUGAGGUGCUGACCAACCCUGAAAAGAAGGAACUUUAUGACCGCUAUGGGGAACAAGGCUUGCGGGAAGGAGGUGGGGGUGGCCCGGGAAUGGACGACAUCUUCUCCCACAUCUUUGGCGGUGGACUUUUUGGAUUCAUGGGAGGCCAGGGGAGUCGUUCAAGGAAUGGAGGUCGGAGGAGAGGAGAGGACAUGGUCCAUCCACUCAAGGUGUCACUGGAGGAUGUCUACAAUGGGAAGACAACUAAACUUCAACUUAGCAAGAAUGUACUCUGUAGCACUUGUAACGGGCAGGGAGGCAAGUCGGGCGCUGUUCAAAAAUGUACCACAUGUAGAGGGCGUGGCAUGCGCAUCAUGAUCAGACAGCUGGCCCCAGGAAUGGUCCAGCAGAUGCAGUCUGUGUGUACCGAUUGUAACGGCGAAGGUGAAGUUAUCAGCGAGAAAGACCGCUGUAAAAAAUGCGAGGGCAAGAAAGUCGUGAAAGAGGUGAAGAUUCUGGAGGUACACGUGGACAAAGGCAUGAAGCACGGCCAGAAAAUUACUUUCGGAGGGGAGGCUGACCAGGCACCUGGAGUCGAGCCUGGGGAUAUAGUCCUUGUCCUGCAGGAAAAAGAGAAUGAGACAUUCAGGCGAGAUGGCAACGACCUGUUCAUGAACUACAAGCUCGGGCUGGUGGAGGCGCUGUGCGGCUUCCAGUUUAUGGUGAAACACUUAGACGAAAGACAGAUUGUUGUGAAGUACCCUGCUGGCAAAAUCAUUGAACCAGGCUCAGUCCGAGUGGUGCGAGGUGAAGGCAUGCCACAGUACCGAAACCCCUUUGAGAAGGGAGAUCUGUACAUCAAGUUUGAAGUCCAGUUCCCAGACAACAACUGGAUCAGCCCUGAGAAACUUGUGGAGCUGGAGGACAUGCUGCCCUCACGGUCGGCGCCACCCAUCAUCACCGCAGACACGGAGGAGGUCGACCUGCAGGACUACGACGUCGGCCAGAGCUCAACGUCGGGAAGCCGCAGAGAGGCCUACAACGACAGCGAUGACGAAGAGGGCGGCCACCACGGGCCAGGGGUACAGUGUGCCCACCAGUAGUCACUCUCUCACGCACAUACGCACAUAUAUAUACACGCGUGCGCACAGACACAUGACCCACGUUCUACUUGGGGAGAAAAUGUACGAGUUGCAGAGUAAACAAGGAGGUAGGUCAGACUGAAAAGAGUAGUUCCUCAGAUACGGAUCAAAUCGAUGAUGAUUCAUGGCACCUGGAGUUGUCGAUUAAUGUUAUUGUGUGCCGGGGAUCACUUUUGAUCUUUGCCUGAAGAACUCGCACUGGGGCAGCCAAAGACUUAUUACACUGCACCUGGAACAGAUUUAGACACUUUAACCUGCAGCUUCAGGUAGAAGUCAUAUAAUGUAUUUAAGAUGUAUCAAAAACUAAAUGGUUGCCCCUGUGAAUGCCAUGUGGGACGAGGAUCUGGUGUUCAAGUCGAAGCCCCUCUACUCCUCGGUUUAUAAAGUUUGUUCCCCUCUGCAAUUGGGACCUCCAGAACAGUCGAAGAAAGGAAUGUUUCUUGUUUGCUGAGUGACUUGCAUUUUGUUUUCAUAGUAUUUACAAUAAUUAAUUUAAGAACUAACCAACGUGCGAACAAAGACAAGCAGCUGGGCGAUGUCAUGUGCAGAUCUUUGGACUCGUGCGUUCAUGGGUUCAUCCACUCUGCGCCAUUCGUAUGAUUUGUUUCAGAUUUUUACAGCUUUAUUUUCUUUAGGUUUUUACUUGUUUUUUCCAUUUCUUCAUAUUUUAAUUAAAACAGAAAAUUGGUUAUUGUGUAUACCAUUGGACUAGUUGUUUGGUAAGCUUCAUCAGCUGCUGUGUUCAAAGCUGUGUGAUUUUUAAAAAAGUGAAGAGCUGAGAAACGUAGAGUCUGUAUCUGUGCCGAGACCAUGUGCAUGUAAAAAGCUUUGGUUCCUGCACUUAUGAAACAUCAAAUAAAGCAGCACACUUCUUAAGGAAAUGUCUAUGAAGUUGUCGAAUAAAUUGUUGAAAUAUCA